AUGCAAUAUCAGCUUGCCUGCCUGCCAUUGAUAACUUCAAGCCAUGUCACGCUGGAAUUCGACAUGAUCAUCCGAACCGGGGGGCGAGUCAUUACCCUCCCUGUCGGCACAGGGCCUGUCACCCUCCCUGUCUUGCAUCACCAUGGUUUCUGCCUAGGGAUGUCUCAGAGCAGCCUGGACGCCAUCCUCAUGGUUCUGAUCCAGAUCCGGGUGCAAGAGUUCAUUUCCACCCCGGAAGUGUUCUCCGCUGCCAGCGAGCUGACGACCGCCGUUGCGUCUCUUCUGUCACAUCAAAAGUGCCCCAAGUGUCCUCUGAAGGCGCCAUUGAAAAUCACCAUCUCUUUGGUCGGAAUCCGGAGGAUUAUCCUGGAGCCCAAGAGAGCCGUCCUUGAGCUUUCCGUCGAGAUCGCCUUGUUGGCGAAAGGUCCGUCCGGGUCCCUGGUUGGCCUCUUCGUCCUGAAGGCCAACUUAAAACUGAGUGUCCAUGCCUCUGUUCACGGCGGCAGGCUGUUCUUCACCACGAAACUGGCCAGUCUUGAGCUGCUCCUGGUUUCUUCCCAAGUUGGACCUGUUGACGUCUCUGUCCUCGUGAAGUUGAUCAAGUUGCUUUUAGAAGAAACGUUUGUGCCACAAGUCAACGAGUGCCUGGAUGUCGGGAUCCCAUUGCCUCCUGUGCUGCACAUUCACUGGAAUUAUCCGGCGAUUCACUUCAUGCAGAGCUUCCCCCAGCAGUCAGCUUCUUCCUAA